AUGCCUCCCAACAAUAAUGCGAUACCUCCCCGUAAGGAGGCAACAGGCCAACCUGCCCUGCCAUUGGCCCGUGUGAAGAAGAUAAUCGGCACAGACCCCGACAUCAGUAUCUGCUCAAACAACGCAGCCUUUGUGAUCACUCUAGCGACUGAAAUGUUUAUUCAACACCUCGCCGCCGAGGGCCACAACAUGGCCAAGGCCGAACGCAAACCCCGCCGCAACGUCCAGUACAAGGACCUGGCAACCGCCGUGAACCACCACGACAACCUUGAGUUUCUCGAAGACAUCAUCCCCAAGACCGUUCCCUACAAACAGAUCAAGGACCAAGCCGCCGCCGCCCGUGCCCAGCCCAGGAAAGCCGACCAGGAGCCAAAGAAGCGCCAGUCCACCCUCAAAAGCAGCGCCGUCAACGGCGUCAACGGCUCCUCCGCUCGUGCUGCCGCUGCCGUCACCGCCGACCCCCUGACGGCAGCACUUCACUCGGAUGACCCUAGCGCGCAGCUCGAGGUCGAGUCCCGCCAAGCUGCUGCCGCAACCGCCGCCGCCGACGAGGACGAGGACGUCGACAUGACGGGUUAA